AUGCACUACCUUCGAAGUUGUGUUGAUCAUAACCAUGGACCCCAAGCAAGUAAUGCUGAAGUAGCGAAAAUUACCGCUCAGAUAAAACGUCAAGCCUUUGAAACAAGAGAUAAACCUGCAAAAAUAAUUCAAGAUAAUAUUAUUAGUAUGCCGAAGGAAAUUCAUCUUUAUAUUCCUUCAGUUAACGCUCUUCGUAGAACAAUUAGACGUGUUAGAAGAUUGGAAAUGCCACCACAACCACAAAAUAUUUCUGAAGAUAAUAAUUUUAUCAUUACUUUUAAGAUAAUGAUUUUAUCAUUUGAUUAG